AUAGCGUACAUUUACCAAAUAUAAUUACAAUACAAUAAUGUCAGAAAGUUCGAAAUCUAAGACUUCGUCAAGUAUUAACCCGGCACCGACAUUGCAAUGUAAAAAUCUUCACGAGUAUUUGAAAAGUCGUUCGGCACAAUUUUUGGAAACUUUAUACAACUAUCCGACAAUAUGCUUAGCUGUGUAUCGAGAAUUGCCAGAUCUGGCCAGACACUUUGUAAUCAGACUGCUAUUUGUGGAACAGGCUGUGCCGCAGGCGGUUGUCGCUUCAUGGAUCACACAGACACAUGCAAAGGAGCAGACAAAAGCAUGUGAGGCGCUGUCGGAGCUGAGUGUGUGGCAGGAGGCUCCCAUCCCAGGAGGGCUGCCGGGCUGGAUGCUAUCACACUCAUUCAAGAGGAACCUUAAAGUUGCAUUGCUUGGAGGUGGCCGAGCAUGGAGCUUAUCAUCCUCCUUAGAGCCGGACGGGAAGGCACGCGACGUGGCGUUCCUGGACGCGUAUGCUACGGAGCGGUGGGAGUGCGUGCUCCACUACAUGGUCGGCUCCGCGCACACUGAGGGCAUCAGCGCUGAUGCUGUGAGGAUACUGCUGCACGCGGGGCUUAUGACCAGAGAUGCCGAAGACGGCUCUGCUGUUAUUACCAAAGCAGGUUUCCAGUUCCUACUGCUGAGUACAACUAAACAGGUGUGGCUGUUCCUGCAGCACUACCUGCACACGGCGGAGAAGCGCAGCCUCAGCGCCGCUGAGUGCCUCGCCUUCCUCUACCAGCUCAGCUUCAGUACUCUCGGCAAGGACUACAGCACGGAGGGCAUGAGCAACAACAUGCUGGUGUUCCUGCAGCACCUCCGGGAGUUCGGCCUCGUCUACCAGAGAAAGCGUAAAGCGGGUCGCUUCUACCCGACGCGGCUGGCGCUGGGUCUGGGCCGGGAGAGCGACGACGACGGUGGGGGGGCGGCCGGGGGGGAGGCGAGCGGACACCUCGUGGUGGAGACCAACUACCGCGUGUACGGCUACACCACCUCGCACCUGCACGUGGCGCUGCUGGGGCUGUUCACUGAGCUCGUGUAUAGGUUCCCGAACCUGGUGGUGGGCGUGCUGACGCGGGAGUCGGUGCGGGCGGCGCUGCGCGGCGGCAUCGGCGCCGACCAGAUCAUCAAGUACCUCCGACAGCACGCGCACCCGCAGAUGCUGCAGACGGAGAUGGGCGGCGUGGUGUCGGGCUGCCUGCUGCCGCCGACGGUGGUGGACCAGAUCAAGCUGUGGGAGGGCGAGCGGAACCGCUUCAAGUACACCGAGGGCGUCGUCUACAACCAGUUCCUGUCGCAGGCCGACUUUACCGCGCUCAGGGACUACGCGCGCGGCGCGGGCGUGCUGACGUGGCAGAACGAGCGCACGCGGACGAUGGUGGUGACGCGCGCCUCGCACGACGACGUCAAGAGAUUUUGGAAGAGGUACUCUAAGGCUUAAAAGGAAAAUGUUAAAUAUAUUGAAUAAUUAAAUAUUAGCUACUGAAGAGAUUGACAGAAAAUACACGGAUUUUACGUCACAAUUUUCCUUAAAGUUAAUAAUAUUAAAUGUCUCUCGCCUCUCGGUGCGGCAGUAAGUAUUCGUACUUUCAAAUCUCGUUGUGUGCGUUUAAAAAGUUUUACGCAGUUACUGUUAGGUACCAGAUUAAACAGAAUAAGAAAACACUUGCUGUCCUUGCCUAUCAAAUGAUAUUUCUAACCUUUCAGUAUCAGCAAACAUUUCCUUUUUUUUAAUUGAGGCAACUGUUGUGCCAUUGUUUACUUUAGCCACUUACAUAACUAUUUAUAACGCCAAUUAAAAUGUCAUUAAAAGUUCUUCAUUACGAAUCUCUCAACACUAUAUUUUGUUGAAAAUUAGUGGAUUAAGUGAGUAAUAUUGUGUUGAUGAUUUUUGUUGAUUACAAAGAGAUUACAUUUUAAAUACAAACAUUUAACAUUUCGAUGUGUGCGAGAACAGUGAUAAAAAAUUGUUAAAGUUAGU